ACAAACUCCUGCUGUUCUUGUUUACAUCCGGGUCGUAUAACGUGUGUCGGCGGCGUUUCAUCCGUGUUUCCACCGGCACGAUGACGGAGGAUGUCCAGAAACACUCAGUCCACACUCUGGUCUUCAGGUCUCUCAAAAGGACUCAUGAUAUGUUUGUGUCCGAUCAUGCCAAGUCCGUCUCCAUGGACGACGAAAGCUUCAAGCUAAAGAUGGGUGUGAAACUAAAAGCGGACUAUGGUGCAGUUUUACACAUGCCUGUCCUGAAGGAAGGGAAAGACCGAGUCUCACAGCUUCCUGGCAGCUUGCAUGGCCACCAGAGCUACACACAGCCAGGGGAUGUCCCAGAAUACCUAAUCACUGGCACACAUGCUUAUCCCUCUGGACCUGGAGUAGCAUUGACUGCUGACACAAAGAUACACAGGAAUCCAAGUGAGGGAGGAGUCCACUCCAUGGCGCUGGCUUUGCCACCCUCACAAGCCAGGCAGGAGGCGAGCCGCACUGCUGCUGGCGUCGCUGACAUCCAUCGACACGCGGGAGGAGCAGAGAGAUCUCACCCUCCGUCGACUGCUGUGUCACUACUGGAGGGAGGCGGCACCAGAAAUUCUUCGCUCAUGAGGAAAGCACCAACCAUGCCUAAACCCCAGUGGCAUCCACCAUGGAAACUGUUUCGGGUCAUCAGUGGUCACCUGGGCUGGGUGAGGUCCAUCGCUGUGGAGCCUGGGAAUCAGUGGUUUGUCACAGGGUCUGCUGAUAGAACCAUAAAGAUUUGGGACCUGGCCAGUGGGAAACUGAAACUCUCCCUGACUGGACACAUCAGUACGGUGCGUGGCGUGGCGGUCAGCAGCCGCAGCCCCUACCUGUUCUCCUGUGGAGAAGACAAGCAAGUCAAGUGUUGGGAUCUGGAGUACAACAAGGUCAUCAGGCACUACCAUGGACAUCUUAGUGCUGUGUACGAUUUAGACUUGCAUCCAACUAUUGACGUGCUGGUGACGUGCAGCAGAGACGCCACAGCCAGGGUUUGGGACAUCAGGACAAAAGCUAACGUGCACACACUAACCGGCCACACCAACACUGUGGCCACAGUGAGAUGUCAGGCUGCAGAACCACAAGUCAUCACAGGCAGCCACGAUUCGACCAUCAGGCUGUGGGAUCUGAUCGCUGGGAAAACCAGAGCGACUCUGACGAACCACAAGAAAUCUGUCCGAACUAUUGUGCUGCACCCCCGACAAUACACGUUUGCCUCCGGUUCUGCUGAUAACAUUAAGCAGUGGAUGUUCCCAGACGGCAACUUCAUCCAGAACCUGUCGGGCCACAACGCCAUCAUCAACACUCUGGCGGUUAACUCUGAUGGCGUGUUGGUGUCUGGAGCCGACAAUGGAACCAUCCACAUGUGGGAUUGGAGGACAGGCUACAACUUCCAGCGGAUUCAUGCAGCUGUGCAGCCCGGAUCUCUGGACAGCGAGUCGGGCAUCUUUGCUUGCAUGUUCGACCACUCCGAAAGCAGACUGAUCACCGCAGAGGCCGACAAGACCAUCAAAGUAUACAAAGAGGACGACACGGCUACGGAAGAAAGCCAUCCGAUCAACUGGAAACCAGAAAUCCUCAAGAGAAAGAGAUUCUAAUGAUUUUUCUUAUUUAAUUUUUUUUUUAUUUGUUGCUCUUGUCACAGUAACAGUUUUAUUUCUACCAAACCUCCUGUUGUAGAUACACCCAUCAAGUUUUGCUUUCUACUACUACUUCUUUAAUAACUAAUGUGUCUUUGAGAGAAGUGACCACAUCCUGAUUUAAAGUUCAGUUUAUUCUAAGAACCAUUUGCAGUCUUCAUUGUAUGACGUUAGUCCGAUCAAGCGGCCACUUUGGACUGCCAGGUAGCUCCCCGAGUGUUUGUUCUUAAUGACGACGGCUCUCUGAUGGCUUCGGUCCGACUGGUCCACCAACAGCAGCCACUCUUCACACACAGACGGGCUGGCCUCAGAGUGGACCUGGUUCCAGCUGGCAUCAAAACCUGCAGAGACACAGACGAUGUGAUGAAAAAUUAUUUG